CCGGAGCUAAGAUGGCGGCGGUGGCUGCGGCAGCCGGCAGGCUGCGGCGAGCCUUUGGGAGGUCGUGCCCAUGGCAGCCGUUCUCAACCAAGUCCAGUCCACCCCACGGGGCGGCCGUGCGGGACGCCUUCCUGAGCUUCUUCCGGGAUCGCCAUGGCCACCGCCUGGUGCCCUCCGCUUCCGUGAGGCCGCGCGGCGACCCCAGCCUACUUUUCGUCAAUGCAGGCAUGAACCAGUUCAAGCCCAUCUUCCUGGGUACAGUGGAUCCCCGAAGUGAGAUGGCAGGCUUCCGACGUGUGGCUAAUAGCCAGAAAUGUGUGCGGGCCGGAGGACGCCAUAACGACCUGGAUGAUGUGGGCCGAGAUGUUUUGCAUCAUACCUUCUUUGAAAUGCUUGGGAAUUGGGCAUUUGGGGGCGAAUAUUUUAAGGAGGAGGCUUGUAGCAUGGCCUGGGAACUGCUGACUCAAGUCUAUGGGAUCCCUGAGGACAGGUUAUGGGUCUCCUACUUUGGUGGUGACUCCAAGACAGGGCUGGACCCAGACCUGGAGACCAGAGACAUCUGGCUUGGCUUGGGAGUGCCUGCCAGCCGCAUGCUUUCCUUUGGACUCCAAGAGAACUUCUGGGAGAUGGGAGACACUGGGCCUUGUGGGCCUUGUACCGAGAUCCACUAUGACCUGGCUGGGGGCGUGGGAGCCCCCCAGCUGGUAGAGCUUUGGAAUCUGGUCUUCAUGCAACACAACAGAGAGGCAGAUGGAAGCCUACAGCCGCUGCCCCAGCAACAUGUGGACACAGGAAUGGGCCUAGAAAGGCUGGUGGCUGUCCUGCAGGGCAAACGCUCCACCUAUGACACUGACUUCUUCUCUCCCCUGCUCCACGCCAUACACCAGGGCUGUGGGGUUCCCCCUUACUCUGGCCGGGUAGGGGCAGCAGAUGAAGGACGCAUAGACACAGCAUACCGAGUCAUAGCUGAUCACAUCCGCACGCUCAGUGUCUGCAUUGCUGAUGGUGUCUCCCCAGGGAUGUCAGGUGCCCCGCUAGUUCUUCGUCGGAUUCUUCGUCGAGCCGUGCGCUUUUCCACAGAGGUCUUGCGGGCACCACCUGGCUUUCUAGGCAGCCUGGUGCCAGUGGUGGUGGAGACGUUGGGAGCUGCUUAUCCAGAACUUCAGAAGAACUCAGACAAGAUAGCCAGUCUGGUAUCAGAGGAUGAGGCAGCCUUCCUGGGCUCCCUGCAGCGAGGCCAGCGGAUCAUUGAUCGCACCAUUAAGCGCUUGGCACCUUCUGAUUUGUUCCCUGCUGAAGUGGCCUGGUCACUGUCGCUGUCUGGGAAUCUGGGGAUUCCCCUGGACCUGGUGGAGCUAAUGCUGGAGGAGAAGGGGGUCCAGCUGGACACUGCAGGACUGGAGCAGCUAGCCCGGAAGGAUGCUCAGCACCAGGCCCAGCACCUGAGCCCAGAGCCAGUUCAGGAGGAAGGACUGUGUCUUGAUGUUCACACACUGGAGGAGCUGCACCGUCAAGGGGUACCCCCAACUGAUGACAGCCCCAAGUAUAACUACUCUCUUGGAUCCAGUGGGGAUUAUGAGUUUGAUGUGUGUGAGGCCCAGGUGCUGCAGCUGUAUUCAGAGGCUGGGACGGCUGUGGCCUCCGUGGGCGCUGGCCAGCGCUGUGGCCUCCUAUUGGACAGAACCAACUUCUACGCCGAACAAGGGGGCCAGGCUUCAGACCGGGGCUACUUGGUUCGUACAGGGCAGCAGGAUGUGCUGUUCCCUGUGGCCCGGGCUCAGGUCUGUGGAGGCUUCAUCCUGCAUGAGGCAGUGGCUCUUGAGGGCUUACAGGUGGGGGACCAAGUGCAGCUGCACGUGGAUAAGGCCUGGCGAAUGGGAUGCAUGGUGAAGCACACAGCCACCCACCUGCUGAACUGGGCACUUCGCCGGGUCCUUGGACCUACCAUCGAGCAGCGGGGCUCCCAUCUCAACCCCGAGAGGCUGCGCUUUGAUGUGGCCACCCAGACCCCACUGACCACAGAGCAGCUUCGGACAGUAGAGAGCUACGUGCAGGAGGCUGUGGAGCAGGAUAAGCCUGUGUACAUGGAGGAGGUGCCCCUGGCACACACUGCCAGUAUCCCCGGCCUUCGCUCCCUAGAUGAGGUGUACCCAGACCCUGUGCGGGUAGUGUCAGUGGGAGUUCCUGUGGCCCACGCCCUGGCACCAGCCUCCCAGGCUGCACUGCAGACCUCAGUGGAGCUCUGCUGUGGGACGCACCUGCUACGUACAGGGGCCGUGGGGGACCUGGCAAUCAUUGGGGAGCGCCAGCUGGUCAAAGGCAUCACUCGUCUACUGGCCAUCACUGGGGAGCAGGCCCAGCAGGCCCGAGAGAUGGGCCAGAGCCUGUCUCAGGAGGUGGAAGCAGCCCGUGAGCGACUCAGUCAGGGAAGCCAGGACUUGCCGGAGGCUCACCGGCUAUCUAAGGACAUAGGACGUCUCACUGAGGUCAUAGACUCUGCCGUGAUGCCUCAGUGGCAGCGGCAGGAGCUGCAGACCACACUGAAGAUACUUCAGCGCCGUGCCAACACCGCCAUAAGGAAACUGGAGAAGGGUCAGGCUGCGGAGAAAUCUCAGGAGCUAUUGAAACGGCACUCAGAGGGGCCGCUCAUUGUGGACACUGUCUCAGCUGAGACCCUCUCUGUGCUGGUAAAGGUCGUGCGGGAGGUAUGCAAACAGGCCCCCAGCAUGUCUGUGCUGUUGCUCAGCCCACAGCCCACUGGCAGCAUCCUGUGUGCCUGCCAGGUGGCCCAGGGUGCCACACCCACCUUCACAGCGGAGGCCUGGGCACUAGCUGUGUGCAGCCACAUGGGAGGCAAGGCUUGGGGCUCUCAGGUGGUAGCCCAGGGUCAUGGACACACAGCUGACCUGGAGGCUGCCCUCGGAACAGCCCGAGCUUAUGCACUCAAGCAGCUCUGACUAGGCUCACCCAGCACUCACAGGAGUAAGUGACGUCCAUGGAGCGCUCAUGGAGCUGCAUAGCCUUCCUGGAAGCUGAAGCAGAGGCCCAGCAGCUGAAGGCCAGGUAUCUGAGCCAAAGACGGCUACCCGGGCCACCUGACACCAGCAGGCUCGAGGAAACAAAAGUGGACUGAGAAGCAGCCGCCCCAACAAAUGUGAAGACCUGGACUGUUGUAGCCAGGAGUGUAUUAAAAGGCUGGAGAGAUGGCUCAAUGGUUAA